UUCGCCUCUUCUCUCAUUCGCUUAGCCCGGAGAGCAAAACAAAAUAAGAAAUACAUAUAUCUCGAGGGUGAAUAGGAAAUGUUUCCUGCACCGAUUCGCGCCAAUUCCUUGCUAACAAGAAAAACAAAACAGCCAAAUAAUAGUAAUAAAUUGGCGAAAAUUCAAUCAAGCCAUCGAAGGAACACCCGCGUGCAGCCACCAUUUUGUUUUUCACGCUCCUCGUGUGUUUUUUUUGUUGUGUGCGUGGGCCAGUGUUUGUGCAAAGCCGUUUCUAGCAGAAUGCCUAAAAAAUAUGCAAAGCCCAACAUAAGAAAGAAAUUUCUCAGUUCCGUUUAGUACACCAUGGAUCGGGGAUCGCCACAAGAAGCGGCCUCCUUUGUUGAAUCGCGCAGAGAGAUCUUGGAGAUCGCGAGAAACCGACCCGGAACUCAGGUGGCUAAGUGCAUCCUCGCAUACGACGAGCAGCAGGAUCUCCCCUCGCUAAUCAUCCUGCUUGAAGAACUCUCCAAGAACACCGACUACUCUACGGAUCUACGGAUAUCACUAGGAUAUUAUAUUGAGGAGUUACUACGGCACUGUUUGGGGAGCAGGAAUGUGUCCCGUCGAUCAGCUAUUGUGGCUGCAGGAAGUGCCCUGCAAUACUGCGGGAAGGUCUAUGGAGACCGCGUGGAGUACAUGUACCAGGUGGUGGAGCACCAGAUCGAAGCCCUCCUCACAUCGGAGGCGCAAAAGGAGACGCCAGGCGAAACUACUGGACCAGAGGACAACGCCCCUAAACCGGAGGAGCCACGUAAACGUCGAGCCAAGAAGCUAACCAAGAAUGAAGUAGAUCCCUAUUUGCUAACAGUAGAACCUCGGAAAUUCAAAACCAUGUCAGACGAGAAACGUUUCAACCUGACGGGUUUUGUAAAGUGUACGAGAAAUCGGACAAUAGAGUAUCUAUAUCAAGAUCACACGCCGCCCAACCUAUGGCGACAUGCGCCCAUUGUGGAUCCCCAUAAUCCCUACGACCACGAUGAAAAGAAGCAAUACAAAAUGUUUACUUAUCAUGUCGAGCAUCGGUAUAACACCCUGUUGCCAGAUAUUCCCUUCGAGCGGUUGAAUCUGAUCAAAGAAUAUGUGCACACGAACCAAGUGAACACUGCGGAGAUUCUCAACGAGCACAUGACCACCAAGGAUUACCUAAAUGAGUACAUUGAACUGGAGAAUCAAAUGCUGGCCGCACGCUAUGGAGCCACCGUCAGGACGAGAAGAAGGAUUGACCAAACAGUUAAAAGAUCUCUGGAGGGGAGUGCAGAAACGGAGCUGUCGAAGAGGUUUCGACUGGACGAUGUGCAGACCAUGGAAACAGAUGAGUCUGCGGCCCUGGAAGCAAUGGACGUGGAUCUAUCGACGAUAGAAGGAAACAGUCAAUCUUUGGCCACAGAUGCUCUGCAAAAUCAAAUAUCCGUGGAUUCUGGACUGGGAGAUUCAAUGAAUUCUACUCAAGAGGACAGAUCCAUUAAUACCACGAUGGACAAUAGCCAGGUAGAGGAAUCCACCAUAGGCGUAAGCCAAGAAGCGGACUCCGCCUUAGGCGAAAGUCAAGUGCAGGACCUCAGUCAGGUGGAGAACUCCUUGAGCGUAAGCCAAGUAGAGAACCCGCCGCUGAGCAGUACGUUGGCCGUCAACGAAUCCAGCAUCCUGGACAGCACUAGGCUUGACCUUCCACCCGCUAAAGAUGACUCCCUCGAGGAGCUGUUUCAAAUCGAUUACGGCAUCGGUAUGGACGACAUAUCCGAUUCCCACUUGCAAACAGGUCAGUCUUUUGACGAUGAGGGUGUUGUUCUUUCAGAUCAAGAAGAUCAGCGCCGGAUUUCCAGAAUAUCAGAAUCAAUAAACCUACCAUCGGCUGAAGCAGCGGGGGGAGGUCAAAUUGUUGAGUUGGAUGCCGAGGUUGCUGUGGAUGUUCCCAGGGAGGUCUGUUAUCCCAUUGCCUUGAACAUCUUGGGACUCCCUCAAAAAAGCCUACGCCGCAAAUGUAUUUUUAAGCUUACAAGCGAUUUCGACUUGUUUAAGCAAAUGCGUGCUCCUAGCCGACCCAAAACUGAGCCAAAGCCUUCAGCAAUUCCGAGAUCUAUCAAUUUGCGGGUAGGAAGAGACUCUCCCCAAACAAUGGAAGAAGAAAUACCUGGCUCUCCACUUAGCUUAGAGUUUGACAUGGAUUUUAAUUUCCUGGGCUUCCGGCAGCGUCGACCGACCCUUGAUUCUGGUUUUGAUUUCGACGAUAUGCGGGCCGAGUCGCGUGCGGUUUCAACCAUAGGAGAAGUUAAAGUUGAGGUUGAAGACCCCAAUGAAAUAAGUAAGGCACCCAAUGAAACUGCGCCCAGAACUGAAAGUGGAUUGGGGGAUCCUAAAGAGCCUGAAGUUAUAAGAACUGCUGACCCCACGUCAGCUCAACUUGAAGUGAUUGAAAACUCCGUAGCGGAAUUGGAGAUUACAGUUGCAGCAGUGGACAGUGGGUUGGGUGCCACAAUAAGCUCUGAAUUGGAUGCCUCUCAACUAGACAAUGAAUUGGAGAUCACCUCCUCGUUGGACAAAGCAAGCAUAGUUGAAAAAACACCAGCAUUGGAUUUGCCGGAAGAGGUUGAAAGAGCCGAAGAUUUCGAUGAUUCAAUGCGGUGCGACUCGCCAAUGGAACCUGAGAACUCUGAAGGCCCCGAUUCUAGCUCUUUGAUUCGCGAUUGGCACAGACGAUUGGCUCCUGCCUUGGAGGCAGCUCACGAACGGCAGAACUUUAACAUCAAAGACCUGGGCACUGAGAUCAUAGAUGUCUGCAAAGCGGGCGAUGGCAAAGCCACGUUAGCUGACGUGAUGGCGGAUAAAGAUCCCAGCAUCAUGUGUCGCUAUAUGCUGGCGUCGCUCGUACUGACGAAUCACGGAAAUGUGACUUUGGACUUUGGUAACCGCGACAAAAGUAAGCCAAUCGAGAUGUCUCAGUUCUGUAUGCAGCUAAAGAGUACAAAGCGAAUAGAAAUUCAUCCUGAGGAUGACGUGGGAAACAUGAGUGCCUCUACGAGCAAGUCGUCUACAAAAAAUGUGGAACGCAAGAAUACGCAUACCCAUAACGACGUAGGAAAGCCGACCGCAGCAAAAAGUAAACCGGCGCCGGCCCAGCGAACAAUGCACUUUUCCCAGCAGUACAACAAGAUCAAGAGGCUGGGCUAGACUUAAGAGCUUGCCAGAUAAAUAAUUAUUUUCGCGUGUUUAUGUACAAAUUUUAUUUUAAGCCUUUUAGCUUUUGAAGACUUGCAAUAGAACGCAUAUUUUUAAUUUAAGUUCAAAGAUGACGCAAUAAUAGUUUAGAUUAGACAACAAGUAUUAUCUAAGCUCGAUUUCCACAGCAUUUAAAUGAGUUGAUGCAAAUAUUUCAUUUCUUUUUGAGUUUACCUUUUUAUUUUUUGAGUUCAUUUUUAUUUUCUUUAAAACUUUAUUUUGAUUUUGCUAUAACUUGUUGGUAAAAAAAAAUAGACAAAUGGCUAUAAUGAUUGACCGAAGGAUGUGUUUUGGAAAUCCGCAUGAGCUGAUAGUACUAGUAUCAAGUACCUGAUCUCGUACUGUACUGUACAAAAGUUUAAGAAUUAUAUUUCCUCGGGCCCUAAAUGUAAAUAAUAAAAUAUCAAUAGAAUACAACCUGUGGAUAGUGUCGCCUAGAAAGUAAUGUAUAUAUGUAUGUAUUUACCAGAGCAUAAGCAAAUGUCUAUUUACAGUUCCACAAGUAAUGUUUUUUUCUUACCUCUAAGUUUAGUUCUUAAGGAAUAAAACAAAAUCAUGCAAUCA